AUGUCUUCAAAUAUCAAGGUUGCCAUUCGUAUACGUGAUAAAAUCUCCCGUGAGACUUCUAGACCAUCCGUUAUUAAACGGAAGACAUCUAAUGAGAUUACCUUGCAAAAGGAUAAUACUGCAAAUGUUAUAACAACCGUUGAGCAUACAUUUUAUUUCGAUCAAGUGUUUGACGAGUCAUCCAAUCAAAAACAAAUUUAUCAUGAAUUGGCCAGGGAAUACAUUCUAAAAGCAUUAGAGGGAUACCAUACCUGUGUUAUAGCUUAUGGUCAGACUGGAGCAGGAAAGACAUAUACUAUGAUGGGUACUGAACAAGAGCCCGGUAUAAUACCUCUAGUUAGCCACGAGUUAUUUAAAAUAAUAGAUAUGUGCCAAGAUGAAGGGCCUGAUGAGGAUGCUUUAGUACACUUUAAAGUUACGGUAAGCUACUUCCAAAUUUACAACGAACAGAUCUAUGAUAUGUUAAGCGGCGGAUGCAAUGUUUUGAGAGUGAGAGACGGUCCCCGUAAGGUAACAUAUAUCGAAGGCUUGAGCGAUCGUAUUGUGAAUAGCUGUGAGGAACUACUUAAAUGCAUAGAAGAAGGUUCAGCAAGAAGGUCUGUAGCGGGCACUGCAGUCAACGAAAACAGUAGCAGAUCUCAUGCAAUAUGUACUAUCAAUAUUCAACAAACUGAGAUUGACUCCUUUGGUGACACUGUUGAAAGGGUUAGUAGUAUAAAACUCGUUGAUCUUGCGGGAAGUGAACGGACCAAAGUUUCUAAAACAAAGGAUGAAAGGUUUAAGGAGGGCACCAACAUCAAUAAGUCAUUAAUGACACUUCGGAGGGUUGUAACUAUGCUCUCCAAUAAUAAAGUUACCGGUGUCCCAUAUCGAGAAUCAUUAUUGACAAGAGUGUUGAGGGACAACCUGGAUGGUAACAGCAUUACAUGCAUAUUGGCUUGCAUUUCCCCCUGUGAUUAUGAGGAGUCCAUAUCCACGUUACGCUACGCUUCAACUGCGAAGCAUGUAAGAACAGAAGCUCACUUAAACACGACGCAGAUCUCGAAGGGGGAGGAACAGUUGUUCUCCUUACAGAACCAAUUAAAGGAGUUACAAGCUACUUUGACCUUGCAGACAGCUGAGCUAGAAGACCAACGGGUAUUGCAGCAGCAGCUAGACAAAAUUAACGAAACGAACAAGUAUUUGCAACAUAGGUUGGAAACAGAAAACAAAAUAUGUGCUGAUUUCCGCAAUAGAUGGACCCAAAUUUCGUGGGAAUCACAUCAAUUGGGAUCAGCCUUGUUGGACAUCGUCCAUGCCACGGAGAUCGCAUCUCAGCCCUUCUCAUUUGACAGUCAAAUCACCUCUUUCCAGAGGGAUUGCGCACAAUUCCAAUCAUCAUUACAAAAAGAUAAAGAAACAAUUCAAUAUUUGUUGGAAAAAUAUACACUCGUAUAG